UGUACUAGAGACUAUUCAAGUCAAUCCAUUUUCUACAUUAUUAGGCUUUAGGCCUCAUACAUCCCACCAAAACAAGGAGAGAAAUUUUCAUUAUGUCCGGAACACGAAUGGUACAUCACGUGUCAUUAUAUAAGUGAAGAGAAAUUUUAUUUUCUAGGUUUGAUUUUUUAACACAAGUAUCUCACCCCUUGACCACUUAUAUAAUGAAACGUGAUGUACCACUCAAUGUUUCGGCCACACUCAAAACUCUCUCCCAAACAAGAAUAUCCCAUACAUUUUCUAUUCGCACUCCAAUGCGUAAGGACUACGUAAGCACGUGCCAAACGCAAGGAAUUUACUUUAACCAUGUUCCAUUCGUCCCCAACGCCAAGCUUACCUAACCGCGGGCCAAAAACAGUUUGCACCCUCCUUUUGCCACGUGGAGGCCUCAGAUGAAUUAGAGAAGAUGGCGGCCACCCUUUGGUCCGAAAGAGUGAGAAAGGUGUUUGAAAAGGCAUUAGCUUCUCUCACCAGGCCUCAAGCUAAAGCCACCCCGCAUACCAAACCACGCCCACAAGACUACUCCUCACAUUUUUACUCACCGCACCCACCACCACCACCACCUUCUCCACUCAUAUAUAUUCCACCUCCCAAAUCCCAAUCCAACCAAAACAAACUUUAACACAUACAAAACUUGUAACUCCUAUCUUCUGUGUAGUUCUGCUCGUCUAAUCAUCCGCUAUUGUCUUUAAAUGGAUUGGACCAGGGGCCGAACCAUUGGCCUCGGCUCCUCCGCCACGGUCUCCAUUGCCAAGUCAUAUGUCUCCGGCGAGGUUUUCGCAGUCAAGUCAGCCAAGCUCGCACAAUCCCAAUUCCUCCAAAAGGAGCAAACAAUUUUGUCUACAUUGAGCUCUCCCCAUAUUGUACAGUACAAAGGCCACAACAUCUCAACCGAAAACGGCGACGUUUUGUACAAUUUGUUUUUAGAAUACGCGCCUGGUGGCACAAUCUCCGACGCAAUCCGACGGCAAGGCGGGUGCCUAGACGAUGCCGCGAUCAGGUGCUACGCGAGGCAGAUUCUACUCGGACUGCAACACCUCCACUCCAAUCAAAUCGCACACUGCGACGUCAAGUGUCAGAACAUUCUGGUCGCGGAAAAUGGCGCCAACGUGAAGCUCGCCGACUUGGGUUGCGCUCGCCUCGUGAAUUCCGAUUGUGAUUCGCAGAUUGGUGGGACCCCUCUGUACAUGGCGCCGGAGGUGGCGCGCGGGGAGGAACAGGGAGUAGCCGCCGACUUGUGGGCUCUGGGAUGCACAAUAAUCGAGAUGGCCACCGGGCGGGCGCCGUGGUCCGACGUUUGCGACCCGGUAUCGGCGCUGUACCGAAUCGGGUUUUCCGGCGAUGCACCGGAGAUACCAAGCUCUCUCUCGCAGCAAGGCAGGGACUUUGUCGCCAAGUGUUUGAUUGGGGACCCACUGGAGAGGUGGUCGGCGGGUGAGCUUCUGGAGCAUGGAUUUGUGGUCGAGGCACCCAAUGAUUUACUAAGUCCCACCACCGUGUUGGAUCGUGGUUUGUGGGAAGAGGAGGAAUUUGAAUCGGACGAGAUUUGGGAUCCGACCCGUGAGAGCAGUGGUUCGGAUUAUUCAGCUAAGGAGAGGAUCCGAAAGUUGAGUGAAGGCAUUGCGGCGUCGUCUCCAGAAAUGCCCAAUUGGGCUUCGGAUGAAGAAAAUUGGGUCACAGUUAGAAGUGACAACAUUAAUAAACAAGAUGUAGCGCAAACACACACCAUUUUUCUGCUUCUCGCGGGGCAGUCCAAACGCGUGCCGCUGUGCCUCUUAUCGCCGCCAAAUGAGGCAAAUAUCUCGUCACAGUAUACCAAAAGUAUUUACGACAGGCCAACAGAUACGAAUCCGGAUACAAAUACGGAUCCUAGUAGUUGCUUGGGUUUGGGUUUGGAGACUUGUGAUGCAGCUAGCUUUAGCAUUAGGCAUACUAAGAGAAAGGCUUGCAUGGCCUCUAGAUGUAACAAUUAUGUAUUUUAUUCAAAUCUUAAUUUUGUGAACAAAAAGUUAUGGUUGUUUGUGCAUGCUUCUUGUUUUACCUUUUCUCACCAUUUUUUUAAUACAGCAAACAAGUUUAUUGCCUUUUGAGCUUGUCCAUCUUGGUACAUAACAUUUCUUGUAUUUAGACACAAUCCGAAGACUGCGCUUGGGCACCCGCCUUGCCGUCUGAUUAUGCGUACAAGACGGGUGCACAAGCUGAAAGAAAAAGGGAAGACUUGAUAACGUAGAUUG